GGAGGCGGAUCUCCCGGACUCGUGGGCUCGGAGUCUCAGUUCCCUCCAGUUUCUGCCGCUCUGCUCCGGGGACCCGGUGGUCACACCGACCAGACCCAGAAUGAGUGACGUUUCCUGCCAGAAGCGUGAUGACUAUUUGGAAUGGCCCGAGUAUUUCAUGGCUGUGGCUUUCUUAUCGGCCCAGAGAAGCAAAGAUCCAAAUUCCCAGGUCGGAGCCUGCAUCGUGAACCCCGAAAACAAGAUUGUGGGGAUCGGGUACAACGGGAUGCCCAAUGGGUGCAGUGAUGACCUGCUGCCGUGGAGCAGGACGGCCGAGCGCAAGCUGGACACCAAGUACCCUUACGUGUGCCACGCAGAGCUGAACGCCAUCAUGAACAAGAACUCGGCGGACGUGAAAGGCUGCACCAUGUAUGUCGCCUUGUUCCCGUGUAACGAAUGUGCCAAGCUCAUCAUCCAGGCAGGUAUAAAAGAAGUGAUUUUCAUGUCUGAUAAAUACCACGAAAGCGAAGAGACAACAGCUGCCAGGCUCAUGUUCGGUAUGGCCGGGGUCGCCGUCAGGAAAUUCACACCAAAGUGCAGCAAGAUUGUCAUUGACUUUGAGUCCAUUAACAGCAGACCGAAUCAGAAGCUCCAGUGACUUACAUCGCAUUACACCUCCAGAAGACUGGGGUGAUUGCGCUUCUAAGAAGCUACUCGUGCUUUUCAUCUUGAAGUUAUAUAGAACAUUUUUUAUAGCCCCUACAGCCAAAGCAGACGCCGAAAGAGCAGGAAGCCUUGAAUCUCCGUCUCUCCCGUUGCAUGGACUCUGCAUGUCUGAAGCUGCUGAUUUAGGGUUAAACGUGGAGGCGCCUAGAGAUGGCCGGCACCCUUGGCUGGCUUGCGGGGUCCUCUCUGGUGUCCCUGCCUUGCCAGCGUGCUGGCGGCCCUGCAGAAAAGGGCACCAGGUCAGUGUCUGCUGCACGCUGUGGCCACGUUUCCCAGCUCAUGUGCUGCAAGGACAAAUAAAUAACACGUGUCCUGGCGGGAGAAGCAGCCGUGCGGGCCAGAGCACCCGGUGCAAGUGAAGUGAAUCACGUAGCGCCCUUGAGAAAAACCAGGACCCACGUG